AUGUACUAUGAGGGCGAGGCUAUCAAUCCUCCUAUAAUAGGAGUUAAAAUGGCCAUAUUCAUCACGUCGGUUAUAUUUAUAAUAAUAUCGGUCGUGGUUGUUUGUCUUAGAGUCUAUGUGCGAUGGACUGAAAAAUCGUUCUGGUGGGACGAUGCCACGAUGUUUGCAGCGCUGAUCAUAUACAACGUCACCAUCGGCCUCAGUUGCAGAAGUGUGUAUCUUGGUCUUGGUACCCACAGGGCCGAUUUGACCGAAUUCCAAGAGAGGGAGGCUAGGAAGUUUCUGGCGAUAUGGCUACUCUUUUACGCGUUCUGCCUCGUUCUGGUCAAGGGGUCAAUUUGCAUGACUAUGCUACGGCUCACCCUAACGAUGAAAUAUAUCCGCUGGGCCAUCUACGUGCUGUUAUGGUUGAGCAUAUGCGCAUUCAUAAUAUCUAUCACAGGAUCCGCAACUUCAUGUCGACCUUUCUCAGCGAACUGGGAUCUAAGAUUGAUCGCCGACGGAAAAGCGUCCUGUUCGCCAGUAUCUGGUGUACUCGGCAUUACCUAUACUUCUACGGCCAUAACGAUCGCCACUGAUAUAGCGUGUGCGAUAUUACCUGGGGUUAUCCUGUGGAAGACUCAGCUCAAGCUAAAAGUCAAGCUUUCGGUUGGGAUGCUCCUGUCGUUCGGUUCCUUUGCUUCUGUUUGUACGAUGAUCCGCACACCUUAUGUCAAGUAUUACAUGGACGACGAUCUUAUUUAUUGGCUCGCGAACCUCGUCCUGUGGUCCAAUAUCGAAAACGCCGUGGGCAUCAUCGCAGGCUCACUCCCGAUACUCCAAAAGAUGAUUAUGCGUCGCUUUAGAAAGGAGGGCUCCACCGCAACUCCCAAUUCCGUGGGUUUGGUGACAUUCGGCAGCGCCCCCGUAAAGUCGCGCAACCGAAGAGUUUUCAGCAACCCCACCGACAUCGGCUAUAGCGUCACGACGGUGCAGACGAAUCACAAUCCCCACGAUUGGGAACGGCUUGAAGAUGACUCGAGCUCGCAGGGGAUCCGGGCCGACUUCACCUACGAGGUCGAGAGAUCACAAGCCUCGGAAGCUAAUCUAGUGGAAAGGGGGAAAUAAAGGGGUUAAUACAUACAACUGAGCCAUCAAUAAAGGGCGAACGGCUCACGCCGACAAACACACUCGAGCGGAACUAAUAAGAUGAUAUCCAUAGAAAUUUGUGUCUUCAUUGACUC